GUCACCACCGUCGUCUUUCCCAAUUUCUUUGAAUUUUUCCAGGUACCCUUAAACUUCAUCUUCUUCGAUUUUUACCUUCUUUUUUUUUUUUCUUCAAUUUUGCAAUCAAAAAUCGAAGCGAUCCAAAAUAGUAGCUCGCCCAUGCUCAGAUCCGGUCUCGCUUCGUUAAUCGUCGAUGUCAAUUUGCGGCGCACGUUACGUCCAUCUCCAACCUUUUCUUUUCCGGCGCAUCUUAGCCGCUGCAUUAUCACUUCCCGUUACUCCUCCCGUACAGCUCUAAGGUUUCCAAUUCGAAUAUCUCUCCACAACCACCGCCUUUCCUACUUUUCUUCAUCCUCUUCGUCGGAGCAAGGCAGACCAACUUCCUCUUCCCGAAACAGUUUCAGUGGUCACGGUCAGCUUGAUGGUGACGACAAUUCUUCACCGCCUCCGUCGCAAUCAUCUUCCAAAGUUCUUACAUUACCCACCGUAUUAACACUUGGUCGUGUCGCCGCCGUCCCGCUUCUCGUCGCAACCUUUUACGUUGAUAGUUGGUGGGGAACAACUGCUACAACAAGCAUUUUCAUUGCAGCAGCCAUUACAGACUGGCUUGACGGCUAUCUUGCCCGCAAGAUGAGGUUAGGUUCUGCGUUUGGUGCCUUUUUGGAUCCAGUUGCAGAUAAGCUUAUGGUUGCAGCUACAUUGAUUUUACUGUGUACAAAACCUAUCGAAGUUGCUGAAUUAGGACCAGUUCCAUGGUUAUUGACCGUACCUUCUAUUGCAAUCAUUGGUAGAGAGAUUACUAUGUCCGCAGUAAGAGAAUGGGCUGCAUCUCAAAAUGGAAAGCUUUUAGAGGCAGUUGCUGUAAAUAACUUGGGCAAGUGGAAAACCGCCACGCAGAUGACAGCACUAACCAUACUUCUUGCAAGCCGAGAUAGCAAUGUUGGAUGGCUCGUAGCUUCAGGUGCUGGCUUGCUUUAUGUAUCAGCAGGACUAUCGGUUUGGUCUUUAGCCGUUUAUAUGAGGAAGAUAUGGAAAGUACUAAUGAAGUAGUAUUAGCAGUAGUAAUGUAUUAUUGGUUUUGUUUUGCUUUGACCUGCAUUUGGAUAUAUGUAUUGAUGGAAAGGGUCUUCAUCGCCUGUACAAGAGCACAAAACUUGAAUGCUGCAACACUUAAGUAGUUUGAGAAUAUGUAGAUGAUUUUGCUUUGCACUUUUCCAACACAAUAUAGUGUGCAACAGUCUUGGUUGAGAUUAAAGCCUUAUAAUGAGUGUAUUGUAUAAACGAUGAAUACGUAUUUCCAACAUAUGGAACAAACAUUCUUUAUUCAUA